AUGGGCGAUGAUCCCAAGCACAGAGACAGACUUGCACACGCAAGAGUUGGGUCCUACUUUCUGGGACCCAAAGCUGAAAACUUUCAUGUAUUGAGCGAGCUGAUGGGCAAAGUGCUGCAAGAUCAGCAGACUGUGCGCCAGAAUCUCUAUCGCGAUGAUCCAGCAUUCAUCACACCUGGAAUGAUGGAAGCAGACUCUUACACCGAAAGUGUUGAUGAGCUUCGAGACUAUGUCAAGGAACUAUCAGAGGAUCUUGCACUGCAUUCCAUUCCAUUCUGGUCGCCGCGAUACAAUGCCCAUAUGAACAUGGAUGUUGCGCUGCCAAGUAUUAUUGGGUAUAUGGCGACAAUGAUGUACAACCCUAACAAUGUCGCAACAGAGGCAAGUCCUCUCACUACAGAGAAAGAAAGGGAGGUUGGAAGAGAACUCUGCUACAUGUUGGGCUAUGGAUACGACGACGAUGUUACGCCUUGGGGUCAUAUUACUUGUGAUGGUUCAGUUGCUAACCUUGAAGCUAUAUGGGCAAUCCGAAACCUCAAAUUCUAUCCAUUAUCUCUCAAACUUGCAAUUGGUAUAAAGGGAAGCAAAUAUGAGAGCAAAGGCAUUAACCCGCCCCUCAGCUUCUUGGCUCAUGCCGAUCCUCCAUUUCUUGUGGAAAAUUCCAAAGGAGAGCAAAAGCCUUUUGUUGAGCUUGACACAUGGGAGCUGCUCAAUCUCAAGCCGAGCACUGUGUUGGAGCUUUCCACUCGCCUCACUAAGGAGUAUUCCAUCACAGCUCAGUUCCUACAAGAUGCUCUCAAGCCGUAUCUGAUCCAGUCGGUUGGAAAAGACUACUUGGAGCGCUGCUUUGGCAUUGAGAAGUCGGGUAAAUUUUUUGUUAGCACGACGAAGCACUACUCUUGGCCAAAGGGUGGGGCAAUUUCGGGCAUUGGAUCUGACAACUUCAUCAACGUCGAGGUCGAUGAAGAUGCGCGUAUGGACAUUAACAAUUUGCGAAUCCACUUGGAUGAGUGUCUUAGCAGCCAAACGCCAGUCUAUGGAGGUGUUGCUAUCAUGGGAUCGACAGAGCAUGGCGCCUGUGAUCCUCUCGCUGAUCUUGUGAGCCUGAGAGAAGAGUAUCAGUCCAAGGGACUGUCGUUUGCAAUUCAUGCCGAUGCGGCUUGGGGAGGAUAUUUUGCUUCCUUUAUCGAUCGCACCAUGAAAGGCCCUCCGUCGGGUUAUCUCCCGCUUGUCCCUGCACUGAAGCUUCAGGAAUACACAAUGGAGCAGCUCUACAGCCUUCAGUAUGCAGAUAGCAUCACCAUUGAUCCUCACAAUCCUAUUGUAUACCAUCCUGGCGAUGAAGAGGGAAGCAUGGGCGUCUAUGGUGUUGAAGGCAGCAAACCUGGCGCGGCAGCUGUUGCGACAUGGUUGACCCAUCGAAUGCUCAAGAUUCAGCCUGGGGGUUAUGGCAGACUGCUUGGAGAAGCUGUCUUUACUUGUACCAAGCUUUACUGCCAUUGGGCCACAAUGACCAGAGCCGAAGAUGAUCUCCUCGUCUGUCCUCUCAUUCGACUUCCUAGUGAGAAAGCUGGCCUUUCAGCAAGUGACGUUGAGGAAGAGAAGCAACGUAUCCGAGAAAAGAUUCUAAGCGUAUCAAACGAGGAUCUGUUUGAUGACCAAGAAAGCAUGGAAUUUCUAAACAAGCUAGGCGGUGACUUGAUGAUUAACGCAUUUGCCUGCAACUUCAAAGUCAAUGGAAAGAUUAACGACGAUGUGAAUGAGGCAAAUGAUCUCAACCAGCGCAUCUUCCAGCGUCUGUCUGUCACAUCAAUGAAUGAUGUCGUUGCUACGCGCCCGCUCUUCUUGACCUCUUCGACUUUUGGCGAAGUUAUUUACGGAAACUGUCUCAAGAGUUACAAGCGCCGUUUACAGCUUGUAAAUGGAGAAGAUCCUGCUCGUGGUGAUCUGACAUUUUUGGUCAACGUGACGAUGAGCCCAUGGCCCACUGACCAAGACUUUCUCGGUAGCUUAGCUGAGGACUUUAGACGCGUUGCGAAUGAAGAGGUCAAAAAAUGCAUUGUCCGCAACAGGAUCGAGCCCGACUUCCACGGGUUCGUCAUGCAAGGCCUCGAUCAGAUUCAUCUUGUCCACAUCCCCAUGUUCCAAAUGGCCAAUCACCGCUGGCAGCUCAUCAUCACCGCCGAGUUUCCUGAAAAUGCCAAACAGCGCUACCAGCAGCUUCGCAAGGAGAAUCCAACUAAAUUCUACACUGUGGCCAACACUCAAAAAGAACUGCUUGAAGAUAUGAUUAAGCCGGGCGCCGAGAUCGAGUGGCGUCUGGACGAAGGCAUACCCGCACUUGGCACGGAGCCUAUCAUGACCUUUAAGCUGUCUAAUGUUCGGGUAGUGGUCCGAGAGUCAAUGUUCUUCAACGCUCUAGAUCAAGCUUAUCCUAACCGCAUGCCUUUUUACUUAUAUGGCAGCAACACUGAGGCGCAUCUUGACCAUGUGCUCAAGAAGGCCCCCAACGGCAUGAUUAGCGCUGACAGCGUGAAGCUGGCCCUUGAACCUGAACUGAGCGAUGAGCAACUUGCCAAGGGCGUUGUGGCGGUAUUUGAAGAUGUUUAUGAGAACGCUAUUCAACCAUUACCUCUUGAUGAUGACUCGAAUAUUUCUCUUGCGGCUGCUGGCUUGAGUUUGACACCUGGCCGGACGCACAAGACAUCGGUAUAUGAGAGUUAUGAGGCUUUCAAUGGUGGGAGUGCGCCUAUUGCACGGGGAAAUAUAUCUAUUGGAGAUUAUGUCUUUGCAGAUUGGAAGGACGUCAACAUGGAUCCUACUUGUGGAAUGGCAUGA